CUCCCUCUCGUUUUCCCUUUCCAGAUUUUUGUGCCCUUUCUUUUUCCUUUUCCCGUGUUUAUCCUUCUGCAAGUCAGCGUCACGAUAUAGAAGUUAUUGUUCAGAUCGCGUCUGGGCCGAGCCACCACCAUAUUCUUGAAUUCAUCAUCGGCCAUCGGGCCCCCGGUUCUCCGAUACUGGCGCAAUUCCAGCUCCGUGCUGCCUUGCCUCGCUCCUUACGCUCUCAUUAUUCCUCUUUCUUUUUUCUUUUCUUUUCUUUUCUUUUCUUCUCCGGUAUUGAAGACCGUUUCUCGGGUAAGCUAAAAACAAGAUGCAGUUGUGACCAUCAUGAUGUCCAUUUGCCCGCUCAUUACUCUAGAACGCGACCGGAAUGACCUCACCUGCCACUCCGCCCGGACUAUGGCGGACGAUCACUCCCCGACGAACAGAGCCUGGCUGACCAUGAUAUGAUAUCCGCUCCGCAGUCUCCGCGCUCCCCGAUGGAGCUCGAUCCACGCCUGCAUGCAGGUGCCAGCGACAGCGGGCGUCCCGCCGAGCGCGCAGAAACCCGCCCGUCUUAUCUCCAAGCCUCCGCGUCAGGACACUGCAAUCCGCUCGUUGCUUCCCCCGCCCCUAUUGCUACAGAUUAUCCCGACUCAACCCCGCAUUUGUCUCCAACCGAUCGGCUGCACUUCACCCUGACAGCUUCUCGAGGCCCGAACUCCCUCUCGAGUCCCCAGCUGAACCAACCCAGUAGUCAACAUCGGUCGGAUUCGACAUCGGGUCUUGACACCUUCCCCGGCACCUCCCUCGACCACAAUGACCCCCACGCGGAUUUGAGACGGCCCCGUGCCUGCGAUGCGUGUAGGCAGUUGAAAGUGCGAUGCGAACCGGACAUCAGUCACCCCAAUGGCACCUGCAAACGAUGUGCGAAAGCCGGGAGGACAUGUAUUGUGACCGCCCCGACGCGGAAACGGCAGAAGAAAACGGAUAAUCGUGUCGCGGAGCUCGAGAGGAAGAUUGAUGCGCUCACUGCGAGCCUGCAAGCGUCUCAAGAUCAUGGUCCCGUGCUGCAGUCGGUGCCCAUGCCUCCACCACGCGAGGAGCCUACCGGGAGGCAUUGGCUGGCACCUACCCAUGCCGUACCGCACGAGCCUCCGCCUUUGAAGUCACCGCCGAGUAUGGCAAGGAGGAAACGAAGUCAUAGCGGGGACGAAAAGGAAGCCACACCCGCAACUUCCCGGGUGUCCAGUCCGAGUGAAGAACAAUCCAUCUAUAACAAAGCAAUCCGGCAAUGGCGUGCCCUAGGGUACCCGUCGGAUUCUACAACGAAGGAUGGAUCCAGAGAAGCUGUCGAUAUUAUCGAUCGGGGCCUCGUGAAUGCCGAGAUAGCCGCAGAAGCGUUUCGGCGAUACAAUGAGGAGAUGGCACUACUUAUACCGAUGGUGGUGUUUCCCAAGGGGACGAAGAUGGAGGACAUACGGCAGAAGAAGCCCGUUUUGUUCCAUGCCAUCACCGCUGUGGCCGUCGGGACAAUCCAGCCUCAGGCCCAAAUCCCUCUAAUCAACGACUUCUAUAGACUAAUCGCGGAAAAAGUGGUUGUGAAAGGGGAAAAGUCGCUUGAGCUCGUCCAGUCGAUAUUGGUCUGCUGCAACUGGUAUACGCCUCCGGACAACUUUGAAGAGCUGAAGUUUUACCAACUAACACAUAUGGCGGUCACUUUGGCUAUGGACGUGGGUUUGUAUCGAAAAUCGAUGCCCAGAGGGAAGCAGAUGAAUUUGAUUAGAAACAUUAUAGCUAAAAAGUCAUCCGAGGUCCUGGAUCCAGAUUCCCCGGAGACCAGACGAACCUGGUUGGCAUGCUACUUCGUUGCUGUUCAGGUUGCUGUGUCUCUUCGACGAGUUAAUCUUGUGCGAUGGCUGCCUUAUAUGGAUGAAUGUAUCGAGAUUCUGGAAAAGUCUCCCGAUGCACUGCCAUCAGAUCGAACAAUGGUUCGGUGGGCCAAGCUGGCGCAAAUCAUUGAAGAGAUCUAUGUUCAGUUCUCGAGCGACGAUAUUCCCUCCGUUGUGUCCUUCUCGGACCCAAAGUCCAUCUACACUCUCAAGGUCUUCGAAAAGCAGCUGGAGCAAUGGAAGAGAGAAACAUUACCGGAGCAUUCUUCAGCUGUAAUCCAACAAGCAUACUGUAUUGUCAACCUCUACCUGCACGAAAAUGCUCUGCAUGUUGAUUAUGGCAAGGAUGAGGCUCGAACAUCAGGGGAUGAAGCUGCUAGUCCUACAAGCGCCACGCACAUCAGUGCCCUCAGCUCCUGCCUCACUUCCAUCCACGAAGCUUUAGAUACGAUCUGUGCGAUUGACGCCAAAAAGCUAUUGUCCGCGCCUACCAUUACUCUAGCCCGUACGUCUUUUGCAGUUGUUGCGCUGAUCAAACUCUACGCCAUCGUCCUUGCGCCAGAGACCCGCCUGGGUCAAGUGAUAGAUGCGGGCAGCCUCAAGAUGGAAUACUAUCUUGACAAAGUCAUUCGCCAUUACGCCGUCGCUGGAGAGCUUCCUGGCGGACGGAGUCCGGCAAAGUUUGGCGUUGUGCUCUCCAUGUUACGCAACUGGUUCAUGAAGCGUAAAGACCAGGGUCCAGCCUUGAAAGAAGCACUUUCAGUAUGCUGUGGUUCGGCAGACUGUCAAAGUAACAACCACGACCGAAGCCAAAAUCACAGCGACGCUGGGCAGACCCCCCUGCACCUUUUGAGUGAAGUCGCCAUGGGCAGUAGCUCGCAAGGCCGCUCCUCUACCACAAAUCCCUCCGCCGGCGAACCACCCAUGCCUUACUUGACAGGGUCCACUAUCAACAACAACAACACGAGCAGCAGCAGCAGCAGCAGCCGCCGCAACCCGAGCGCCACCAACCACGCAUCCAUCUCCUCCGAUCUCGCCUCACACUCCCUCGGUCCCAGCCCACGCCCCAUAUCACAAGCACCGCCUGCACCGACCUCACAGCCUCCCAGCGCAACCGACUCAACCACCGAACCGUGGCCCCCUUACUCCACUGCGGCGCCCGCUUCCUCGUCCCGUGAUUACUACCCUGCCUUCAGCUCCGGCAUGUCCGACCUCCCCGGCUACCCCAACCCCGCCGCCCCCGCGAACAGCGACGGAAUGCUGAUGAUGCCGCAAGGUUUCUUUGUGCCCGAACUCGGGGUGCAGAUGGGGUUCGACCCCGAGAACCUUCUUGCCUUGCACAACAUGAUCGGCGACGGGUUCUUGAAUCUGCCGUUACAGGCUGACGAGGGCAUGGGCUUUUAUUAGUGAGGUAUUGGUGCCAGGGGGGGAAGGGGGGAAAGGGGGCUCUACCCCACAUCUCUCCAUUCUAACGUAAUAUGAUAUCCCUACUGUUCGUCCAUUCUGUUCGUAUUGUAUUUCUGCUUGGAGCGUACAUACUCCUUGACUCACUGCUUCCUCCUCUGCCGAGUAUUUAAGCAAGGGAGAAGAUGAUACGUGAUACCUCAUUCUCUUCGUGAGAAGAUCCACCCCAGGCAGGGUAGAAGGCCAGCAGAUGUAUAUUUCGACUACUAACCGAAACUCUUCUUGUAUGUAUGUAUGUAGGUAUGUAUGUAUGUCCG